AUCACUAUAAUUUAGAGUGUAACAUGACGGACAUGAAAAAAAUUGUACCUUUCUACUAUUCGUUGAGAGGUAAUACGGAGGAGGACAAGAUACUUUUAGAACCGGUCAAAUACAGUCUGCAAUGCAAUGAUAUACAUUUAUAUAGAAAAAUAACGAAGAUUUUUAACUACUGGUUUAAAGUAUCACUCGAUAAAUUUCAACCGAUUGACGAAAUAGUGCAAAUGGCCUAUAAUGUAAUGACCCUAUUCGAUGAUAUUCAAGAUGAGGCCAUUGUUCGAAAUGGUUUUCCCGUAACCCAUUCUGUUUAUGGACUUCACAACUCAAUAAACGCUGCAAAUUAUUUACAACUUAUUACUUGUGAAAAACUUAUUAAUUUACAUCCCAUGGCAGUUAAAAUUUUCAUUGAACAGAUGAUGGAAUUCUAUACAGGUCAAGGAAUGGAUAUAUAUUGGAAGGAAAAUUUCAUCUGUCCAACAGAAAAAGAUUACAAUAUUGUAGCAGUAAAAAAGAGUGGUUGGUUAGUCAUACUGGUGGUAAAAUUAAUGAAGCUAUUUUCUGCUUAUGAAGAAGACGUCUUGUCGCUGGCAAGUACUCUAGGAUUGUAUCGCCAGAUAUAUGACGAUUAUAGUAAUUUACGUUACGAUAAGGAUAUUAACGAGAACAGUUAUUGCGAUGAUUUGACCGAAGGAAAAAUGAGUUUCCUAAUUAUUCAUGCGCUUAGAAACAAUCCUGACGAUCAGAAAAUAAUAAAUAUUUUAAGACAACGAUCGAAAAAUAUUGAAGUAAAACGUUACUGCGUUAAAGUAUUAGAGAGUUACGGUUCAUUUAAGUACGCAAAAGAAGUACUUGAUGAAUUGGAAAAAAAGAUAAGAACUGAAAUUGAUCGUUUAGGUGGCAAUCCGAUCUUUGUGAAACUUAUGGACGACGUAAAGAAUAACUUGUUGAAAACACGUAUCUAAAGAUUCUUUAAUCAAAAUGAUAAAAUAUGUAUUCAGAAAUAUGUAUUUUAUUAUUUUUACAACGUCAGACGUAACAUUGCAUAAUUUAUCC